ACCGUCAAUCGGAGCACUACAAAUUUGGAUCUUCCGUCAAAGUAAAUAAGUCAAAUCAAUUGAACAACCAACAAAAAAAAAGACAUUACCCGCUUGAAUAUUCGAUCUGCCUAAAUUCAAACCAACCGAAAUGUUCGAGGUUCAGCAUAUAAACUCCCGGGUCCGUCGGAUGCUAGGUAGGAUUUUCCAGGAGCGCCGCGACUACACCGCGUACUCGAUCUGGAACUUCUGCCCGAUGCACCGCUGGGACCAGGCCAAAUCGCUGCUCCAAUCCUGCAGCGUGUGCCGCACCGAGUUGUUCCCGGUCGUCUUCUGGGUGGUGGUGCUCCUCAGCCUCUGCGGGGCGGGGACUAACUUCUACGAGCUGAUGCAAGUGUGGAGCUGCCCCUACUGGAAGCUGAACAUGUGGCGCCAGCGGCACUUCUACGUCCUGAGCUACUGGAUGCUGCGCAAGGCUCGACUUUUCGGAUCCAGCAUAAACCUGAUCGCUUGGUUCAUGCUCGUCUAUGGCAUAUUAACGAUUUCCCCCGCAGCAAUGUCGCCCUGGAUUCUGGUGACGAGCCUCGUCCUGUCCGUGGAGUGGUUUAUGUGGUCCUUCGAGGUGAUCACCGGCCGACUGGCGAUUAACCUGCAGACGCUGCUGUCGCUGGUGUUGCACGUGUUCUUUUUCGGGAUGGUGUGCUGUGUGAAGAGCGUGUUCGAGGUGGCGCUCGCCGAUCACAUGGAGCACUCGCUGCGGAUCAUUUGAGGACGGGGCAUGCUGGCCGCCGAAUGUCAUCAUUAAGUAAAGGUGCAGGACCGGCAUAAUUGUAUUUCAACCUGCAUUAAGCCCAAUUAAGUUGGCGGCGGCACGCACACCAUCUCGCCCUAAUCAGUGUAUACGAUGCCUUUUUCAUUCUUGUUGCAUGUGAAAGUACUCUUUCGUUCAGAAAAAAAAAUUCUCCAAGCUUUAUCACAUAUUUGUGUAUGUUUUGUAGCGUUUUAUAAACCAAAAGUCUGCACUAGAUCUUAAUCAAAUUUAUAAAUUAAUAAAGUGUAAUAUUAUUUGAAAGCA